GACGACCUGGAGGAGGCUAUCGAGUUGCAUCGAGCCGCCCUCGAGCUUUGUCCCGAAGGUCAUCCUGAUCGCUCCAUGUCACUCAUCAACUUCGCAACCUCUCUGAGCACUCGGUACGACAAGUAUGGAAGGACUGAGGAUCUGGAGGAGGCCAUUGAAUUACAUCGAGUCGCUCUGGAGCUUCUCCCCGAAGGCCAUCGUAAUCGCUCCCUGUCUCUCAACAACCUUGCAAGUUCUCUGUGCACCCGGUACUUCAAGCGUGGAAUGGCCGAGGACCUGGAGGAGGCUAUCGAGUUUCAUCGAGCCGCCCUCGAGCUUCGGCCUGAAGGCCAUCCUAAUCGCUCCGCAUCUCUUAACAACCUUGCGAGCUCUUUGAGCACUCGAUAUGACCGGCAUGGAAGGACUGAAGAUCUAGAGGGCGCCAUCGAGUUGCAUCGAGCUGCACUCAAUCUUCAAUCCGAAGGCUAUCCUUAUCGUCCCACGUCUCUCUACAGCCUUGCAAAUUCUCUGUCCACUCGGAACUUCCAGCAUGGAAGGAGUGAGGACCUGGAGGAGGCCAUUGAGUUGUAUCGUGCUGCCGUUGAGCUUAGCCACAAAGGUCAUCCUGAUCACUAUAUGUCUCUUGGCAACCUUGCAAUCUCUCUGAGCACACGGUACAACCAGCAUGCAAGCACCGACGACCUGGCGGAGGCCAUCGAUUUGCAACGGGCCGUCCUCGAGCUCAUUCCCAAAGGCCAUCCUAAUAUCUCUACGUCUCUCAACAACCUCGCAAACUCUCUGAGGAUGCGGUAUGAUCGGCAUGAAAGGGCUGAGGACCUGGAGGAGGCCAUUAAGUUGGAUCGAGCCGCCCUCGAGCUUCGGCCAAAGGGCCAUCCUAAUCGCUCCACGUCUCUCAACAAUCUUGCAAACUCUCUGAGCACUCGGUAUAACCAGUAUGGAAUGACUGAGGAUUUGGAGGAGGCCAUCGAGCUGUAUCGAGCCGCCUUCGAGCUUCACCCUGACGGUCAUCCGGAUCGUUCCGGAUCGUUAUUGAACCUCUCAGAAUCAUUACUUGCCCAGGUUAAAAAUCGAUGGUGCAUGGAACAGUUCGAGGAGUGUAUGUGCUUACUGGAGCUUGCUGCUACUCACAAAUUCUCAAGUUCGAUGGAUCGUCUUGAUGCUGCGCGACGAUGGGCAACGCUUGCACGAUCUCACAACCACCACACUGCCUUUACAGCUUACAAGACAACAAUAUCAAUAUUUCAACACGCUCUCACCAUAGAUCCAACUCUCAAUGCUCAGCAUGAUUUCCUUCUCAGGAAUAGUGAUCAUAGAGUACUCUCCUUAGACGCUGCUUCCUACUCGGUGGAGAAAAAUCGACUGGAACAAGCCGUAGAGAUACUGGAGCAAGGGAGGGGCUUACUUUGGUCGCAACUGCGCGGUCUUAGGCCUCCUUUGGAUCAGCUUAUCGAAACAAACGAAGAGCUCGUCGAGAGAUUCAGGAAUGUCAACAGCGAAUUGAGACGGAAAUCAUUUGACGCGCUAUUGAGAUCGAAGAGGCAACUUUCGCGUGAGCAAGAAGAGGUUAUCAACGAGAUUCGACGGGUUCCAGGGUUCGAGAAUUUCCUUGAAGCUACGCCUUUCAGGGCACUGCAGCAGGCGGCAUCAGAGGGCCCGGUGAUUAUGGUCAAUCAUUGCAAAUAUCGUUCCGAUGCACUUAUUAUCGUUUCGCGGGAUGACUUAUCGGUUACAGUGCCUUCUUUGAGGAUAGCAAGAAGGUCUGCAAUGAGCUUUUGGAAUCUCGUCAACAACCUUCGGGGAGCGAUGAAGAUGCUAUGGGAUAGGGUUGUUUCUAAGGUCAUUGAUAAGCUUACAGAAGUUGGUAUCGCAAAAGGCUCUCGUAUCUGGUGGUGUCCUACAUCUGUGUUAUCUGCACUUCCGUUCCAUGCAGCUGGUCCGUACAGGGACACAGAUGGCACCACAAAAUACUUAUUGGACGAUUACAUCUCGUCGUAUACUCCGACACUCGGUGCACUAAUUAAUUCCCGAUCUAAUUGCAAUUCGAGUGAACCAAAACUACUCAUUAUUGGAGAUACUAAGACUCUGAAAUCAACUCGACAGGAAAUUCGGAAUGUCUGGAACAGCACCGGCGACAGCAUACUUGAACGGACAAUACUCCUCGACAAAAAGGCAUCUCGACGCACGGUGUUGGAAGGUCUCCAGAAAGCCACAUGGAUUCACUUCGCCUGUCACGGCCACUUAGGAUCGAGGCCUUUUGACUCCUCGUUCAAGCUAGCGGACGGCGGAUUGACACUGCUCGAUAUCAUCCAAGCUAAUGUCCCAAAUGCCGAGUUUGCAUUCCUAUCUGCCUGCCAUACAGCCGAGCUGUCUCAUUCUGGUGCACACGACGAGGCACUACACCUCUCAGCAGCUAUGCAGUUCAGUGGAUUCCGAAGUGUAAUCGGGACGAUGUGGGAGAUGUACGAUGACGAUGGGCCAUGUGUCGCAAAGGCAGUGUAUGGAUACAUGAACGAAUAUGAGGAUGACAAAGCAAGGUUCAAAAGGGCGGCUGGAGGACUUAGAAAAGCGGCUCUGGAGUUAAGAGCGAAGGACUGGAUCCCGGCUGAGCGAUGGGUUAACUUCGUGCAUAUUGGUGCUUGA